AUGGCCUACGCCCCUCCCUACGGCGACCCCUACGCCCGCCCAGCCUACGACCGCCCCCCAGCCAGCUACGACCGGCCUCCAUACGACCGACCCCCCUACGAGCAGCGCCCACCCUACGACCGACCCCCCUAUGAGCAGCGCCCACCCUACGACCGACCACCCUACGAACGCGGUCCCUACAGCGCCCCACCCCCACUAGCCCGCCCACCACCAGGCCCCCCACCCCCUCUGCCCGCCGGCUGGACGCAAGAAUGGGAGCCGAAUGCCCGCCGCGCCUUCUUCGUCGAGGAGGGCACCGGCCGCUCGCAGUGGGAGCCGCCGUUCCAGGGCCCUGCCUACGGUGGCGGCUAUGAUAGUUCGCGCAGCGUGCCCCCGCCGCAGGCUGCCGAGUACUACGCGCCACCGCCGGGCCCGCCGCCUAUGCCUGCGGCGUCGCCCUAUGACCGUGGUGCUGGGGGCUCGCCGUAUUAUCCGCCUCAGGAAGAGAAGAAGUCCAGUAAUGCUGGCAAGUAUCUUGCUGCUGGUGCGGCUGGGUUGGCUGUUGGUGGGGUUGCUGGGGCGUUGAUUGAACAUGAGAGAGACUCCGAUAAUGAGUCGGAUGAACUGCGCGAAGCCCGUGAAGAGGGCCGCGAGGAAGGCCGCGAAGAUGCCUACGAGGAGUACGAGGAGGACGGCUGGUGA